CUUAUGGUUUAAGGAGAAAUCUUCAUUUGAACAUGUAAAAUUGUGGAGGGCUAAAAUCAAUUUGGCAGUUAUCACUGCAAAUGGACGACCGUGUUUGCCCUGGGUCAAUAUGAUUUGAGCUGAUGACCGCAAUGGAAUUGCAAUUGCAAUCGCAAGUGCUAGUGCAGUUAGCAGUGACCUAUAAAUACUGCCGAUCCGCAGCAGUAGGGAUACAGUGCAUCAUGAGGAAGUUGGCGGACAGCAGGCGACGACACAGUGGCUCCUCGUUGUGGAAAAAGGAUUCCGAAUCGGACGAUGACGACAAUACCAUCUGUGGUUGUGCGGCCAUCAAGAGGAGUGUGGUUUACUACCUCAAAAAUAGCACGCUGCAUGGCUUAAAGUACAUCGCCGAGGAGAGCAUCACUAUUCCGGAGAGGAUCUUUUUCGGCUUGGCCUUUGUGCUGGUGGUGAUCCUGUCCGUGUUUUUCAUAUCCAACGUGUACGUGAAGUGGAGCGCUUCGCCCAUCAUAAUUUCGACCAGUGCCAAGCAAAAGUUGACCAGUAAUAUGCCCUUUCCGGCGAUCACGAUCUGUAACCUCAACCAGGCGCUGCUCAGCAAGGUGGAUCGCAUUGGCCGCUCCAGCACCAAUUUCUCGCUGUUGAUGGGUCUGUGCGACCAGGGCGGAGACACCACCAUCUCUUAUAUCGGCACCUGGAAGUACUUCAAGGCGAUCCUGGUGGAGGUGGCCCAGCCGUGCGAGAAAAUGCUGCUCUAUUGCAGCUUCGGUUCGCGGUCGGAGGACUGCUCCCUGCUCUUCACCUCCAUCCUGACGGAUGACGGUCUGUGCUGCAACUUCAAUGCCCUGGACCCGUCCUAUCUGAUCCGGAACUAUAGCGACGAUGUGCGGUGGGAGACGGCCCAGCCGAACUCCCGCUACGAGCCCAUCGACUGGACGCCGGAGAAGGGCUAUUCCCGCAAGUUGCCCGAGUUCUACUAUCCGCGCACCUCGGGCGGCACUGGCAUCCGGAUGGGUCUCACCGUGGUGCUGAACGCCUCCAUAGCGGAGUACUACUGCACCAAGUCUAUGAGUGUGGGCUUUAAGGUGCUCGUCCACAAUCCCGCCGAACUGCCGAAGGUGAGCAACUACGGUUUCGUGGUGACCGCUGGACGAGAAGCCCGGAUACCCAUUGAGCCCGUCUACGAGGACGCCCUGCCCACCAUACGGUCCAUCAAGAAGACGGUGCGCCGCUGUCUCUUCUCGGACGAGAACGAUUUGGCCUACUACCGAACGUACUCGCGCAAGAACUGCGAGUUGGAGUGCGAGGCCAAGUUGCUGCUCCGCGAGUGCAGCUGUGUGCUGUACUACUUGCCCCGAAUCGAUCCUGCGGCCAGGGUGUGCGGACCCAAUGACAACCAGUGCACGGAUCGGGUCCAAACGGAGAUCGAGUCCUCGCUGACGAACCUAUCCUGCGAAAGCUGUUGGCCAGGUUGCUUUGAGCUCACCUACAAGGCCACCCUCUCCACGGCAUCGAUCGUGUCGGAUCCCCGAUUUCAGGCCGGAGAGAACCUGCCCGACUAUAUCUUCCACGGACCCUAUAGCAAUGCCAGCGAAAUCUCCAUUCUGCACUUCUACUACACGACCAAUACAUUCCGCAGUACCACCAAGUCUGAAAUGUUUGGCUUCACCGAGUUUUUGUCCAAUACUGGCGGACUUUUGGGACUCUUCAUGGGAUUCAGCAUCUUUUCGGUGAUCGAGGUGUUCUUCUACAUCACAGUCCGUCCGUACUGCGCCUCCCGAACUCUCCGGCAGCGCCACAAACGUCGCCUGGAGCAGCUCCGCUGGCUGACUCCCGUCCGGAUGCCCGUCCGUAGGAUUCUUCGUCGGAAUCGUGGCGCUCUCUCCCGGAAUCCGCCGCCGCCGCCCGCCUACAGUGAUCUGCAGAAAAGCCGCGGGAAACCGGAAAAGUCGGAGCCGAGAAAGCGGAGACUCUGGCAGACGCUGCAAGUUCGGCCAGUGGAUCGGGUGGAUGUUGAACCCCCUGUCUAUCCGUACCUGGACUAAGUUUGUGUGGAGUGGCAUGCACAACGAAAAAUGCCCGCACUCUUUUUUUACAAAACAAUAAACUUA